AUGCCACUCUCCCCGAGCGGUCUGCUUCUUCACACAUCAACGCCGUGGAUUCUUAAAACCGAAAACUUGACCCACCAUCACCAUGUUUUCGCAGUGGAGCGAGUCACUCGUCAAGGGUUUGUUCUUUUCAUGACAAGACCUGACGCGGCUGCGGAAAUUCCGGACACAAGGCCGGAUUCUGCAAGAAAUUUACGACCAAGAGGAAGCAGAAACCUAGACGGAAGCGGAAAACAGCCAACGUCGUCGUCGCCUCAACGCAUGCCGGCAACACUUUUAUAUCUCGCAUCUACCACCCACUUCAGAUCAAUGGGAAGACAAUACGCAUGCGGCUUGACACCGGUGCCGAUGUCACACUAUUGGGCAAUGCGGACUGGAUUGCUAUGGGCCGUCCGACGUUACGACCCCCUCGAAUCACACGGUCUGAAAACGACAAGCCGACCAAUGUUCGAGGUUGCUACGAAUUUCGUCAUAGAUAGUCAUCACGGACGAGGUAAAUGCUACGUUGCCGACACACCGUCUUCACUAGGUCCCGACUGUAUCAUCCAGCAUGAGCCUCUGUUUUGUCGCUUAUCUGUAAUGUGUCCACAUCGACGCUCAACGCAUUGA